AUGAGAGAAACAUCCUUUUCUAAUAGGGAUGAAAACGACACUCAAAAGGAUAUAGAUUUAGACACUGAAAAUCACAAUAGUAAUACAAAUAGCAAUGAUUCUACUAUCAAUAAUAUCGAUGUUAAUAACGACGGUGCUCACAAUAACAAUAGAGCUUCCAAUAGAAGUGAAAAUGAUAAUGAUAAUGAUAAUGAUAAUGAUAAUGAUAACGAUAACGAUAACGAUAAUGAGGCAGAUGAGGAAGAUAAUAGUGAAGAAGAACUAAGAGAAGAACAAGAAAAAAAUAUCAAAAUGCUUUCACAAAAAAUUCAGCAAAAAACUGAAGAAGAUGAUUUUGAUUAUGAACCCGAAAAUCUAGACGUCAAUGUCUCCAUCAAAGAGUCUGAUGAUAAUCAAGAUCUUAGUCAGAAUGAUGAAAAUAACUGCCCAGAAGUAAAAAUUGAAACCACAAAUCAAGGAAUUAUUUUUAAUAAUAUCAAUUCUACUGAUGAAAAAGAGAAAAAGAAGGAAAACCAAAUUUUACUUCCAGAAAAUACUGGCUCCAAUGACAAAACAAUUUUUAAUAACAGUGGACUCGAAAAAGAUGGAAAUUAUCAAGUUCAAAAGAUAAGCUCCCAAAAUAAUAAGUCAAAUAAACCAUUAUUUUCUGACGUAAACUCUGAAUUUGCUCAAAAGAAAAAAAUACUUAAAAUUUCAAAAAAUCUAGAGAAAAAGUUGGCAGCAAAAUUAGAAAAUGUUAAAGAUAAUGAAAACGUUUUCCCUUUGAAUCGUUUAGAACAAAAACUUUAUAAUUUAAAAAGUAAGCCAGGUUCGGAAAUUGUCUACUAUCAAAAAUAUCUUUUAAAAAAGCCAAUAACGUGUUUUUAUGAUUUGCCCUUUUUUCAAGAAAACAUAUCUGUUCAUAAUAAACUGAUUAAGCAUCGAUUAAUUCAAAAGUUGCAGAUUUUGAAGAGCAUGAUUUACAAAAAAAAGAUUCGUUUAUGUUUUGAUUUUAAGAAUUAUAACCAAGUCUGGACCUCGAGGUGUGAAGAAAUGACCAAUCAGCUAAACCAAAUUCAUCAAAAAAGCAACGAGCUUAUGAAAGCAAUAAAGCUAAAAGAAGAUGAAAUUAUUAAAGACAAAAAUAAAAAGGAGAUUGAAUCAUCGGCAAAAGAAAAAGGUUCUAGACGUGGUAGACACCAUGGUGAUACUGUAAGAUCAGAGGCCGAAUUUCUAGAAGUUCUUGCAUCGUUAAAUGAAAAGGAUCCAGUUUUCAAGGCUCAAAGCGUUGCUGCAAAUAUCCCUGAUAUGAUUUUAAAUCCACUUGAAAGGUUUGGUGAGGAUUUUAUAAAUACCAAUAAUUUAAUAACGGAUGACACAAUUUUCGAAAAAAGAUUGAUUGAUGAUUUAGUAGAUAACUUUAAUGAAAGUGAACACCAAGCUUUUUGUGAAGCUUAUCUAGCCCACCCCAAGAGAUUUGGAAAAGUAGCUAAAGAAAUGGGUGGCUUGAGAACCACAGAGGAAUGUGUGUUGCAUUAUUAUAGAACCAAACAUGUUACAACUAAUUAUAAGGAAUUACUUAAAAACAAGAGACCUGGAAGAAGAGGUGGAAACAAACGUCGUGGGUUCGGAAAACGUGUAGGAAGAAAUAACCAAAAGCCUCUUCAAAUUGAUGGGCAGGCAUCCACACCUACGGGGUUUUCAACUUCGAUGGAAAACAUUACCGAGACUGAAUCCGAUUACAAUGGAGUUAACAAUAUCAAAGUGAAAAGUGAAGUUGUAUCGAAUUCUCAUUCUCGACUGGUUUCAAUCACCCCUGAAUUGCCUUCCAACCAAAAACGCAAACGAAGCAGAAAUAAGGAAAGUGAUGAUGUAACUGAAGAUUUUGUAGAUCAGCAAAAAGAAGGAUCUACCAAAAAAAAAGUUCAUUCUGAUUUUGAGUCUCCCAAUAACUCUAAAAAUGACAUCAUUAUAGAAGUCGACUCUCCUGGUAUAGAUAUUUCUCAAAGAAAAAAAUUAAGAGUUGCUAAAAGAAGGAAAAAAGAGGUUGAAGAGUUUUCAAAUAAUAUGGAAGAAGACCUUGAUAAAGAUAAAAAGGAAAAAGUGAUUACCAGUUAUUGGAGUGUUAAUGAUAUAAAUUUAUUUCCCCGUUUAUUAAAACGAUAUGGAAGUCACUGGGACCAAAUAGCCAAAGAUAUAGGAACCAAAAGUACCAUUAUGGUUAGGAACUAUUAUUCCAAAAAUACCGACAUUAAAGGAUGGAAAGAAUUAAUGAUUCAGGGAGAUAAAAAUUAUCAAAGAAGUUAUGGAGGUAGAAUUGAAAAUAGAAAUGGCUACUCUGAGUUUCUUGGAAGUAAGAGUAUUAGUUAUUCGACGCCUUCAAUUGAGCAAGAAAAGUUUAUCAGAGCAAAUUAUAAAAUGAAUGGUGAUUGUAACCCUUUUUUGACUCAGCCCCCUCUCGGUUUAUUUCACGAAACAUUGAAACAACCCUUCAAUCAAUAUCCAACCGAUCCAAAUCAGAAUCAUGAAAAUAUCUAUCCAAUACCCAAUUUUGGAACAUUUUAUAACAAAUCUUCAUAUAACCCAGAUGAAAAUCCGAUGCCAAUAAAUAUCUAUGGGCAAACCCAAACACCUGUUCAAAGUGCUGGUUCAUCUCCCUCCCCACGUAAUAAUAAUGCAUCAAUAUCUAAUUUUUUAGACAAUGUUUCAAGAAACCCUCAUCAAUCCAAAACCUCAAUUAUGAGCUUAUUAAAUAGCGAUCCAAUAGAAUCGAAAGUUCAUCAUGAAACUUCAAAUAAUGGCUCAGCAUCAAGCAAUGAUCAAUUUGUUUUUUGUUCAUCAAAUACCAGCACAGCUACAAACCGUUUACCUCAUAUUUCUUCAAUUUUAAACAACGAGAAUGAAAAUGAAUUUUAUAGUGGUUCUCAACGCACAAAUUCAAGUGAAAAUCCCUCAAUCAGAUUAUAUCCUAAUAUGUCUGGCAGUUUACCACCACUUGAUACCGAAUCAGGUAAGUAUAAGUUGUUACCUGAUCCUCCUUUGUAUUCUUUUUCUUCUGGAAAUAGCAGAUCUCAGAGUGCAGAAACUAAUUCUAAAAAUUAG